AGGGGGUAAAAAAUCGUCCAUAAAUGACGUGACGUGACGUCAUUUAUGGACGGCCCCUUUGACACGAAACCGCGUCGUCUCAUUAUUUUGACUCAACACAAGUGACUUCAUCGGUGCAGAGCAGUUGCGGCUACGCUGAUUGCGGCUACGUUGAUUGCGCAACCGCGAGUGUAAGAACGAGUUGUGACCAAGUUCAAUGAUGCACGGCUACACCCAGCAAACAUCCGUCCCGUUGUAGCCCAGCGACACGAGGCCUCUGUCGUGUCUGUUAGCGAGCGCCUAUUAUUGUGAAGGUGUCUCGCGCGCGCACACACACACACGCAGCCUUAGCGAGCUAGUUAGCACGGCAGCGUUUGAUUUGACAACAAACACGCACGCACACACACGCACAUACACACACACACGCGCGUGCCGCCGCCGCUGACAAAGGCCGGCGAGUGAUGGGUUCAGUCUGCGUCGUUUAGACUCCAGCGAGUUGGCGUAGCGAGUUAGCAAGGUUUGCGGUGCCGCGAACGUGAGCCGAAUACUUCAAAGCCCCAGUCGGCUUUUUCAAACCGCGGGCAGACAGACGACAGCACUUCCCUCCACGUGGCGCUCGGCAAGCCGCGGGGAUGGAGGAGCGAUACGUCGCCUCGAUGGUUCUGAGCGGCGUCGGCGAUGCGCUGGGCUACCGCUCCGGCAGGUGGGAGUUCUGCCGCAGCGGCGAAAAAAUCGCGGAGGAGCUUGCCGCCCUGGGUGGGCUGGACGGCCUGCACCUCACCCCUUCCGGCGGGUGGCCCGUCAGCGAUGACACGGUCAUGCACCUGGCCACGGCGGAGGCGCUGGUGAACGCGUCCGCGAGGGCCGACGCCGUGGGCCCCGAUGGACCGCUGUACCCGGAGAUCGCGCGGUGCUACAAGGCGUGCAUGAGUGACAUGAAUGGACGGGCGCCAGGUCUCACGUGCAUGUCGGGAGCCCGAUCGCUGCGGCCGUCCGUGCGGCUCGGCUGGACGACGCCGUUCAACCCGCGCGGCGGCGGCUGCGGCGCCGCGAUGCGCUCCAUGUGCGUGGGGCUGCGCUACCCGUCGCCGCGCCGCCUCGCCGAGCUGCUGGCCGUGAGCGUCGAGUGCGGCCGCAUGACCCACCACAACCCCACGGGCUACCUCGGGUCGCUCGCGUCGGCGCUGUUCGCCGCGUACGCCGUGGCGGGCAAGCCGGCGCGCGAGUGGGGCGCCGGGCUCAUGGCCACGCUGCCGCUGGCGGCUCAGUACGUGCGCGACGCCGGCCGGGACGUCGACGAGAACCUCGCCGCGUGGAGCUACUUCGAGGACAGCUGGCGCCGCUACCUGGACAUCCGCGGCAUCUCCGACGGCGCGAGCGAGCCCUCGUUCCCGGCCGCUCACGGCACCGUGGCGGGGCGCGACGCCUUCUACAAAACGCUGAGCCAGAGCGGCUGGGCCGGCGCCAGCGGGCACGAUGCCACCAUGGUGGCGUACGACGCCGUGCUCGCCGCCGGCGACUCGUGGAGCGAGCUGUGCGUGCGCGGCGCCCUGCACGGCGGGGACAGCGACUCGACCGGCGCCAUCGCGGCCUGCUGGUGGGGGGUGGUGUACGGUUUCGCUGGCGUCCCCGCGGGACACCACCAGCAGCUGGAGUACCGCAGCAGGCUGGAGAUGAACGGGCGCGAGCUCUUCAAGCUCGCCGAGAAAGAUUGCGGCGAUUCGGGGGUGGGAGUGUGAAGCGGUGGUGGUCGGUGGGUGGUUCGGUGGUGGUCACUCCGUACAAUUCCUGAAAGUGAGAUUUCCCCUCAGUUCACCGCUGAUUUACAUCGCAAACUUGAAGGGAGAAAUUUCACUCGAGAUUUUUUGUGCGUCUGACUUUAAUGGCAACCCGUAAAAUAUUGUAUACGUAAACCGAGCACACCGCAACCAAUAUUAUUAUGAUAGUACUACCUUUUUUGCCCGUUCAAGGACGGGUGUACAGUAAAACCUUGGAUUGCGAGCAUAAUUCGUUCCGUAAACGUGAUUUUAAUCCAAAGCACUCGUAUACCAAAGCACUCGUAUAUCAGUUGUGAUCACGUGACGCUCGGCAGACAACGCGUAUACGGUACUACUCGUAUUGCAAGACCUCGCUCGUUUAGCGAAUUCAUAUUUAAAAUUUUUGCCCAGCUUGCAAAACGCUCGCAGACUUAAGUAAUCCAAGGUUUUAUUGUAUAUUGCAGUAAAUCUGAAAUAUUCAGCUCAUUAUUAAUGAGGGGUGGUUGCCCCAUUUGGAGUGACGUCACCCGCUAAUGGUUAUUAGGGAGGGGUGCGGCAUGUGGACUGACGUCACCCGC